AUGGGAUUUGAAUUCUGGGCAGCACUUACUGAGCUUCAGAAAGCCUCCCAGUCUUCAGAAAACAGUCAGUUGGGUGCUGCUGGACAUGCAGUUGAUGGGAAAAGAGAUGCAAGCUUUCAACGUGGGUCCUGCACUCACACCGAGGAAGAAUCUGACCCGUGGUGGAGAGUAGACCUGGAGAAUGAAUAUACCAUUACUGCUGUGAUGGUAACCAACAGAGAUGAGCAUGAAAACAUGCUGGAUGGGGCCGAAAUCUGGAUUGGAAACUCAAUAGAGACGAACAACAUCAAAAACAGGUGUGCAGUCAUCUCACACAUCCCAAAGGGCCGCACAAUCUACCUUUACUGCAGUCCUGCAAAGGGACGCUACGUUACUGUGCUUCUCCGAGGAAGCAAGAAGAUCCUGAGCCUCUGCGAAGUUGAAGUAAAUGUUGUGUUUGUGGUUUUGUUUCAAGAACGCCCUUUACCCAAUGUGGCGCUGCAAGGAGAAGCCACCCAGUCAUCCACGCUCCGUGGCGCUGCCGCCUCCAAAGCCAUCGACGGGAGACGAAACUCCUACUAUAGCGAUUGGUUCUGUAGCCACACUGCUGAAGGCGAGACCGACCCCUGGUGGAGGCUGGACCUACGACAAACAUUUGUUAUUGUCUCCAUAAAAGUCACCAACAGAGGAGACUGCUGUGCUGAAAGACUGGACGGAGCUGAGAUCCGAGUAGGGAACUCACUGCAGAACAAUGGAUACGACAACCCCAGGUGUGCCACCAUCUCCCACAUCCGAGCAGGUAAAACCUCCACAUACCAGUGUGAUGGAGGCAGCAUGGAGGGUCGCUUUGUCAAUGUGGUUAUCCCUGGAAAGAGUAAGACUCUUACCCUGUGCGAAGUGGAAGUUGGAACCUCUUCUGAAUGUGGCCUUAAACAAACCAACAGCACAGUCAACGGAUUCGAGUGGCGGGUCGGCCUCUAG